UAAAAGGAGAGGCUCGACCAUUAACUUUUAAGACUGGACAUAUAUCCAACAGUCAACUGGAGUUCAGACCCGAGUCCUUAACUUGUUGCCAAAAGGAUGUCCGAAAUGCUCGACGAUAUCUUAACAAAGAACUUGAUCAACCUGGCCUUGAACGAAGUCUCAGGGCAGAGCCAUCGGUCUGCCCCCUUUUUCACCCCUUCCCCUCCUGGCUCUCUGAGCCUCAACAUGAGCACUGAGCAUGUUAAUAAUGACGACACUGGCAGCUCUCUCUGGCCAACCAUCUGGGGCCCGGCCCCUGUCUCCACAAAGAAACAGCUACCUUUCCGUCCCGAUCGCUCCAUGAGUCUAACUGAAUCCAGCAGCAGCCUUCUCUCUUCGUUUGGACAGCUGAAGAACUCAGAGCUGUUUCCCUCAGGCCCUACCGCUACUACUGUGCCUCCCCCACCAGGCUUCCCUCCCUCAUCUACUGUUUCUGCCCAGACCCCACCAAUGGUGUCCUCUAACCGUUACAAAACUGAGCUGUGCCGUGGCUUCCAGGAGACUGGCAGCUGCAAGUAUGGCAGCAAAUGCCAGUUUGCCCAUGGUGAGGCAGAACUAAGAGGACUGUACCGCCACCCCAAAUACAAGACAGAGCCCUGCAGAACCUUCUAUAACUUUGGCUACUGCCCCUAUGGUUCACGCUGCCACUUCAUCCAUGAGGAGAAAAUCAGCGAUGGUCCGUUACUGUCUGCCAAAUUCCAGCGGCAGCAAACUACCACAACACCCAGUGUUCACAAUCCACGGCACCAGCUCCGCCAGAGUGUCAGCUUCGCUGGGUUUUUGGGCUCUUCUCGCAGCUCCUCCCCUCCAUCAUUCGCCUCGGUCUUCGGUGAUCCUAACCAGGGUUUCAGCCGUGCUCCCUCUGUUUCUCCACCUCCUGCUGACCUUCUCUCCCCAGUGUUUGACUCUGUGCAGCGUGAGGCAGCAGCAUUCCCGUUUGGCAGCCAGCAAACCCGUAUGAGCGCUGGAGACAUCCAUAACAUUCCUCUCAUCUUGGAGCCACAGGUCUCACGUUGCGUGUGUGGUCAUGGAAAUAAUUUCAAUAGCAACAACAGCAGUGUCUUCACCAACGUGAAGGACGGGCAGCACCAGGACAGCAGUAUGCUGUUUCCAGCUGCUGGAACAUUCGUAAAGCCUUCACUGCAGCGUUUCUCCUCUGAGGACUCCCUGGAGGAGUCCUACAGCAGCAGCAGUUCCAGUGGAACCGAGUCUCCGACCUUUGAUGGCUCAGCCACCAAGAGGCUCACUGUGUUUGAACGCCUAUCCCUGUCUGACUAAAUGGAUCCAAAGGGAAAUAACAAAAGAUAAAUGACUUUCUUUUUAACUUUUCUGUCUAUCUGGACUUUCAUCAGCACCAGAACUGUUCAGAACAAGUCGACAAUAACACUUAAAGUUCUUAAUUUAUGUGUGUAAAGUUGAGCUCAUCUUAGACUAACUACACAUACUGAGAUGAUUUAAGUACCCAAAUCUAUUUUUAUACAUAACAUGUAGCUUAUAAGACCUAUAUAUGCGGUCUUCCGUCAAAAUUAACUCAUCUGCAGGUCUUGACAUUACCGGUGAAUGUUGGUAGUGAUCAAAAUAGCUUUGGUGAUAAUCAGUGAUUCCUGUGCCUUGAAUAUUUUCCCUACCUAAUAGGCUAUUUAUGCUCUGUGCCACAAACAGUAUGUUUGAUUCAGUAGCCUUUACCAGUGAGACCUGACAUGUGUCUGUGAUAUGCACUUUACAGCUAAUUCUAAAGGGAGAACCUGUCAAAUCUCUCAGUAGCAUUCAACCAAAGCUUCGUUCUUCACUCUGUCUGUGUGUGGACGUGUGUGCGUGUGGGCCUUGUACAGAAUAUGCAUGUGAGAGUGUAUGUGUGUGUCUGUUGUUUUGUAGACGUGGAAGCAAAUACAACUUGCAGAAUGCACAAAGAUCAAAGUGCUCUAAUACAAAUAAGGUAUGUCAGUGAAUUCAAAUCUGAAUAUAUACACUUAAUAACAUUUGAUUCUGUAAAACAUUCUGUAAUAUUUGCUACUUUGUAAAUUGCACACUAUCUUUUAUUUCCCCCCUUGUGUUUGACAGCCUGGUUCAGGGAACACCGCAGUAUUCCUUUUGGGUAUUGGUUACCUUGUGUUGUUUAACUUAAACUGAUAUAUUUAUUAUGAUAUUUAUUUGCAUUUAGAGAAAAUUGUAUUUUGUACUUUAUUUAUGGAAAAAAAACUUCACUGUUUGUGAAAUGCAAAUGUGAGAAAAAGCAAAGUAGAAAAGAUAAUCUUAUAUUUUUGAUUGCCUGAAAAUAAGAAAAAUACAUUUUAAAAAAAAAUUCUCAAUAAAGAAAUGAUUGUACGCUGA